ACACACCUCAUCUCCUCUUUAGCUGGAGGGAGCGAGAGUGAGAGAGGGAGAGACUCAGUCUGUGCCAAUUUUCUCUUCAGCUCCAGUGACAGAGAGAGGGAGAGCUAGGGAAGUGAUAUUUCAGGAAUCUUCCGUGAUUGAGAGGGUGAAGAAGAGAAAGCACCACAGCACCUGAAGCAUUCGUAAGACUGGCAGCAAAUGAACCAGGCAAGAAACAACACAGAGAGGUGUAGCUGGCGCUUCUGUUGCGAGCAGUGACCCACCACACCACGAGCCAUGAGUCCUCCACCUGUGGCGAGAAUGUGAGAUUGAUGGCGUGAUAACAAAGGCCGUCGUCAAGCUACAGCCAUUUUGCAGUUUGUGUUCUGCAGCUGCAAUCAAAACUACACAUAAAACACUCCUGAUUUAGUAGAACCAAGCUCAGCUACAAAGGGAGGAUACACAGUUCAGUUUUUUUAUUUCAGUCUGAAGCCUCCGGAGAAUACUGUCAGAGGUAUAAUCCAUCUUUACUUACUUUAUGAAUGACUGAACCAUCUGGCCUACCUUUCGCAGUUUGCACACACACACCUUUAAACUGUUAAUAACACGACUUCACACAUAUCCCUGGUCCAAAUGAUUCAUCUCACAUCCUCAUAACAAACUCUUUCUCACAUUGUCUGAAACAGCUCCUGUGACCUAUGAGGAUUAUGAGGCCGACUUUAGUGCUUCUACAGUCACAGUGUCUCCUGUGUGUGUUCGUUAGUGUGUGCGUGCUUGGUGUUUUGGGCUCAUUACCUCACGCUCUACCAUGGCACGUCUCCUGCCCGGUGCGGUGUGUGUGUCAGAUCAAACCAUGGUUCUCCCCCGAUUCGGUCUACCAUGAGGCUCCCACUGUAGACUGCAACGACCUGCUGUUGACCAAGCUCCUCUUACCCAUACCACCAAACACACACACCCUGCGCCUGCAGAGUAACCUCCUGUCUGAGCUUGACACUGCGGUGUUGCAUGGACUUCCCAACCUCACUGACCUUGACCUUUCCCAGAAUCGCUUUAGCCGUGUCUGGACAAUAACUCAGAGCUCAUCUCUGCCCUCUCUGCUGUCUCUGCACCUGGAGGAAAACCGUCUGAGCCACCUCCCUGAGGCCUCCUUCUCUUCGAUGCCAGCUUUGCAAGAACUCUUUCUCAGUCACAACAACUUACACUCAAUAGCACCUGGAGCCUUCACUGGUCUGGACUUCCUACUACGGCUUCAUAUUAACAACAACAGACUCACCACUGUUGAUCCUCGGUGGUUCAGGGCUUUGCCCCGUUUGGAAGUUCUCAUGCUUGGGGGAAACCCUGUGGAGGCCCUUCCUGAGCAAGCCUUCUUGGCUCUAAAAUCCCUCCGGAGUCUUGUCCUUGGUGGUAUGGGUCUGAGAGGCCUGGCUGAAAAAGCCCUUGAAGGGUUGGAUGGCCUUGAGAGCCUCUCUUUCUAUGAUAACCUGCUAACCAAGGUCCCCACACAGGCCCUAAAGAGAGUCCAAGGACUGAAGUUCCUCGACCUCAACAAGAACCGCAUCAAACUGAUCGAGACAGGAGACUUCCAAGGCAUGAUUCACUUGAAGGAGCUCGGGCUGAACAACAUGGAGGAGCUGGUGUCCAUUGAAAAGGCUGCCCUGGAGAACCUUCCAGAACUCACCAAACUGGAGAUCACCAAUAACCCACGCCUUUCCUACAUUCAUCCACAGGCUUUCCUCCAGCUGAGCAAGCUUGAGAGUCUAAUGCUCAACUCCAACUCUCUGAGUGCUCUGCACCAGCACGUGAUGCUCUCCCUGCCAAGUCUUCAGGAGGUCAGCUUACACUCCAACCCGCUACGAUGUGACUGCCUGUUUCACUGGGCCGCCGAGGAUGCCUCCCACCCUCACAACGAGAAAGGCACACAAACAGCUCGACUGGUGCGUUUCAUCCAACCCCAGGCAACCUUGUGCUCUGAACCCCCAGAGUUGAGAGCUCGCAGGGUGAGAGAGGUGUCCUCCAGGGAGAUGUCAGCCUCCUGCCUCCCCAUGAUCCCCACCAGCUCCCUCCCCUCUUAUGUAGGAGUAAAAGAAGGAGGAAAACUUGUGUUGCAUUGUAGAGCUCUCGCAGAGCCACAGCCUGAACUUUAUUGGGUGACUCCCUCUGGGCUGAGACUUGGCCCUGCUCCGAGCCAUGCAUCCAAAGGCUCAGCAGCUCCUGCUCCCUGUCUGACAGCCUCUGAAAGAUUCAACUACACAUCCACCUCCAGCAUCUCCCCCGGCCAGGUUCAAGAUGAUAUUCCCUGUAAGUCCUCCAAACUUUACCAGUUACUCCCUGAGGGAACUCUGGAGAUCAACAAGGUCACCCAUAGCGAGGCAGGAUUGUAUACCUGUGUAGCGGAAAAUGUGCUGGGAGCAGAUACACGCAGUGUUACUGUGGGUGUGCAUAGCAGAGAAACAAAAAGAAAAAGGGGCUUGGGUGCCAAUCUGAAGGGAUUUCCAUUAUUCAGAGCAGAUGCCAGGUUGGAGGUGAGGGAGGUCGGAGAACACUAUGCUAUCCUGUCAUGGCAGAGUGGGCGCAACCUCCCCUUGACUCGCCUGUCCUGGCAUGCCAUAUACUCAAAGUUCCACACUCCUACAUACACCACACGUAUCCUGGCUGGCACACAGAGUUUCAACCUGACCCACCUGCAGGCAGAGACAUUUUACCGUGUGUGUCUACAUUUAGGGAUCAGUGAGGGCACCAAGCAUGUCAGCAGGAGACGGAGAGAGAGCAUAAAGCCUCAGUGUGUUUCAUUCAGGACAAAGGAUGCCUCAGAGCCUCAGCCCAGCCUGCAGCUAAGCCCAGAGCUGACCUCCACAGCAGUUACACUCCUGCUCUUUGCAAUCAUAUUUCUACUGCUGGCAGUUCAGGGUGGGGACUCCGAGCAUGACAAGGAGGCAGAAAAGCUCUACAAUACCUUCCUCCGGGAAAUCAACAGUCCCAAGGCUGUGAUCAUCAAUCAAAAGACAGAAGGGAGCAGCAAACAGCAAAAGCAGAAGGAAAAACUGCUAUUACAUCAGGUCUGCUGAGAUAAUUGUGCACAUUCAAUGGGAGAUUAAAAAAAAAAAUCUGUGACUCACAACUACAGACACAAAAAUGUCAAAUAUACACCUUGUGAAUCACAACUAGAAGAAAGGAAUCAUAGUUCAGAGCAGUGGCAUAGAAAGAGAUUUGUAUUUAUUUUAUAUACAGUAUAAAGUAUAUAUUGACAUUGCUUAAUGUGUUAAGAUACUGUAUAUUGUAAAGAAUGCCUAAACCAUAACCAGGGAAAUAACACUGGACAAUCAUUCUCCUGCUUCACCGAGGGCGAACACAGGAGAAACAACACUGACCCUGAAUGAAAUUCCUGCUUGUGUGGGCUCUGUAAGUCAACGUGAUUGCUGUAUACGGCCCUUUUGCUUAGCUUUCAGUACUUUGGACUGGGUUGUCCGUCUCGCAGUACAUAAACAGUAUAUUCAUUCAGAUUCCCUGCCUAACGCCCUACAUCCUCUUUCAGCAUAAAAGUGAUCUACAAGUGAUUGUGUUAAAUUCUAUUUUGAGCUAUUAUACAAUAAAAUCUUUUU